CAGGCCAACACCAGCCCCCCAAAGCUGAACAGGGAGGAGGUCAAAGGUCGCGGCGCUCUGCUGUCCGACAUCUGUAAAGGCACCAAACUGAGGAAGGUGUCGGUGAACGACCGCAGCGCUCCGCUGCUCGACAGUAAGAUUCAAACACCAAAGAGCCAAACACCUUCCACAGAGCACCCAUACAUUCGCUUAUACCAAUACCUGCACCAGCAACCGAGCCAGUCCAGACAGCAGGGGGCGGCGUCAGAGGAGCAGAAGAAGACGGCGGGAGAGGAGCACUCUGCUCUGUCCCUGGAGAUGUCGUGUUCUGUAGUGACCUGCUCGCCUGAGGCGGAGCUCUCACCUGUCGAAUGGUUGUGGUUCUCAGAGCCCAAAGGAGGCGUAGCAUCAACAGGAGGAGCCAAUGGGAGCAGAGCAGCAAGCCCAUCAGGAAAGUUCUCAGGCGGAGUUCCCAAACUGAGGCCAGUGGGAGACGGCUCCUCUGGACGUUUGCCCUUCACCCGAGCCGCUGCCCCCCGCCCCCCAGGUCAUCACCAUGACGAUGCAGAGAGCCCCUCCCCUCAGGCGCUGUCGCCAUCGGAGACGAGUCGCUCCCAGCGUCCUUCACUCCCCAACCUUUCCACCUCUCCCUCCCCCUCCUCCCCCUCCUCUGCUGCCUCCUCUCCCUCCACCGGCAUGAAGCACUCCUCCUCCGCCCCCCCUCCCCCUCCUCCUCUCUGUCGCCGUGGUAAUGCCCCCUCCCCUCCCAACUCAUCCUCCUCUUACAACAGAGAGAAGCCCCUCCCUCUUGAACCGAACAACACCCCACCCCUCCCCUCAAAACCUCCCCCGUCCCCUGGCAACAGCCGACGCCCUCCCACCUCAGGAGGUAACUCUCCCUCUUCCACUCCCUUCUCCUCCUCUCUGGCCCCACCCCUUCUUUCUUACCGCAUCACCAACGGUCUGACAAGUACCGGCGAGGUGGCACCGGAGCUGCCACAGCGUCACAACUCCCUCAGCAACAAAAGGCCGGCCCCAUCACCUGGAGGCCACACCCCCACCAGAGGCCCCGCCCCACCGCCUCCACCUGCUUCUCCCACGCCCUCCCAACAGGGCAUCAACAGGCCGCCACCCCCUGUCAGAGAGGCUCCAGGUAGAGGAGCAGCUCCUCCUGUUCCCGUCCAAUCAUCGUCCUCGAGGGCGGCGAGCAGAGAAGCCCCGCCUCCUCCUCACAGAAUACAUGGUAGCCCCUCCCUCUCAUCUGAUCCCCACACCAGAGGGAAACCCCCUCCCCCACCCACCCGCACCCCCACUGCGCCUCCUCCUCCUCCCCCUCCUCUCCGCAAUGGACACUCCUCCUCCUCCAUCCCUCGCUCAUUUGUCGACGACUUUGAGUCCAAGUAUUCGUUCCAUCCCCUGGAUGAUUUCCCGCCUCCGGACGAGUACAGACACUUCACGAAGAUCUACCCGAGCAAGGCCAACAGAGUGAUAAGAGGAGCUCCUCCACUGCCCCCUGUUGGAAGAAUGUGACUCGUUAAGAAGAACAGUAUGUGGCGCCGACAGCUGCUGCAGGAACUUUCAUUUCAGUUCUUCAGGAUCUUCUAGAUUCAGGUUCUGAGGUGAACUAGUCUCUGGAUCAGAUGACGUCACCACAUCAGCUGAUUGGAUAAAACUGACCUCAACAUUGAUGUAAAAGAGACGUCUGGAUAUCGCACUUCACUUUACUUCCUGCUGCUGCACCUCAUUAACAUUAACCCAUCCUCUGAGUGGUAGCUGUUAGCCUAGCUUAGCAUCCCUAUGCUAAGCUAGGCUUACUGUGUCCUGAGGUCACAGACCUAAAACGACUUAACCUGCGAGUCAAAGGUCCUGAGGAACCUCAGUGCUGUGAGGUCAGCGAGGUGACAGAUUUAUUUUGGCAGGAUCUGAUUGGACCUCAGGGGAGGGGUGGGUCAGAGUUCUGGAUGAGUCUUUAAGCUCCAAGACCAGGACCGAAGUGAACCAGAGACUCACCUGGACAUCAUCAAGUAUUGAUUGAAGAAACAGGUGAAGAAUUAAAGAGUCACAUGUAAAUGAAUUCAUGUCAAAAUGUUUUUCAAUAAUUUGACAAUUUUUCCGUUGCGAACAUUUUUCUGACCCCCACAUUUGAUUUUUUUUUUUUUUUACAUAUUUAUAUAUGUGUGUAAACUAUAUACAUGUUGAACCAAUUCUUCAUUGAACUAACAACAUUAACGUUAUUUUUAAUUCAGGAAAUUUGGCGUGAAUUUACUACGUUUAUCUGAAGUCAUUAAAUAUGUCUUAACCAUGAUGUCACUUCCUGUCAAACUGAGAUUUUGGAAGCCUGUUGUUAUGGAGACCCCCCCCCCCCUUGAAGACUAUGAAUCCUAUUGAUCAGUUAAAACUGUAAAAAGCUUCUGUACAAACUGAAACCUGUGAAAACUCAUCUGAUGAUGUUCAACUGGAAUUAUAGAUGUAAACUAAGUCUGACUUAAACUGCAUGUUUCCUGUGAAUAAACUGUUUCCUGUGA